AUGGAGGCGUCACCUCUCACCCAACAGAGCAGGCCCGAGACUUUCACGCCGAAGAUUGUCCAGCUCUACGAGACCCUCUUCAAAGCACCCGAAGAUGUUUAUGUGGAGCCCUCCGAGGGCUUCUGGAGAGAGUUCUUUCUUUUGCCCCCAGAUCGGGCCCGGUUACAUUCUCUGCUGGAUGGGUUGAGUCCUGACGAGACGUUGAGUUUACAGACACAAACAAAGCAUCUAUUUGCCCGUGCUAUCCGUGAAGCUUCCUCUGGAGCAGCCCCGGCCGACUCUUAUGCAUUAGAUACCCUCACGGUCUUCUUGACCAGCAUCUUGAGCAAGAAAUACACCAACCCCAGCUCAGAUGUCAUCACGGUCCUCGCAGGCCUCGACGAGGUGGAUCAUGUCAUCUCCGAGUUUGUGGCUGUCCUGGAUGGCAUUGUGCGCAAUGGCAGCAGCCUUGAGCUCCGCCGCAAAGCAAUCAGAGUGGCUAUUGCCACGACAAGUGGGGCCUAUAAAACCAGCCUGGUCUCCUAUUUCACCCAUCGAGAUCUCUUCCCAUCGUUGAUGAAGUAUGUGAACGAUUCCGAGACCCCAUUGGAGGUCUUCGACCCCUUCUUGUUGAUAGGUCUGCUGGCAAACUACAACAAAUUCGAAUUUCAAAACCCUUACCAGCUUCGACUCGACGACUUUGUCAAUGAGGCAAGUAUUCAAAAGAUCGUCAAGGGAGUUGGUCAGGCCUGCAGUGGUCUGCGCAACGGCUAUGUCGCCGUCCAGGAUGAUAUCCCCGAAGGCUGGACCUUGACCAACACCCUUAUCUUCUUCGGGCUGCGGGCUCUUGCACCAGGUGCAAGGGACAAGGCCAACCCGCCUACCGCAGAAGAAGCAAAGGCGAUGUUUGCCGAUCUACCCGCACAAGAAGCCGCCAUUCUGAUGGCCACCUACGACUUUGCAAAAUCAAACAAGCUCUUCGGUUAUCACUUGGUACACAUUAUUCCCGAGAAAAACGAAGAGUCCCCAUUCUCCAGCUUCCUCUCUCUGUCCUCCUACCUCUUACAACACGCAUACCGCUCCCCACGCGUAGCGCACUACGCCGAACUGAGCCUCUUCACCCUCCGCAUCCUGGUCGAAGACCCAACCCUCUGCAAACACAUCUGCAGCGAAGACGGCAAACGUCGCGUCCGGCUAUGCCGACAGCGCCAGCCAUACCUGCCCCUCGUAAACGGGGACCGCGUCCUCGCAACAGUCAUCUUCGACGCCAUGAUCGAUACUAUCACACACAACCUCCGCCGACGACUCGACGUCAACAUCUACAGCCACACAAUCGCAAUAACCCUCCGCAUCCUAACAUACCUCUCCACCAACAAAAUCCGCCUAACAUACCACUGGUCCGAACUCUGGCGCACCCUCCUCUCCCUAAUGCGCUUCCUAACAACCUACGCCACCGACCUCUCCUCAAACCCCAACAUCAAAACCCUCACCUCCUCCCUCGCAGAUCUAAUGGCAUUCUGCGUCUCCGCAGGAGACACCUUCCUGCCCGACCCAUCCUCCUACGACGAUCUCUUCUAUAAACUCGUCGAGACGGGGCCCGUCAUUUCGAAAUUCAGAGAUGUGUACGAGUUUGCGAAUGGCUCUCGCUCGGCGGGUUCCUCUGGUGAUCCUACUUCGAAGGAUAUUCAUGCGGCGGCGAUUGAUACCUUGUUAUCUGUCUCAACGCAUUUCUAUACCCUUCUCUUCCAGUCGGAUGGGAAAGAUCCGGCUGCGGCGGUGGUAGCUAGUCCCAAGGGUGAUGGGGAACCUACACCUGUAGCGCUGCCGUCUAUUAAGAAGAAGAAUCUUAGUCCGAGGGAGGUGCAUCGGAUUAUCAAGCAGGGGUAUGAUACCUUGAGUAUUCAGCCGCCGGAGGGGUUGACGACGUGGUCGCGGUGGAGAGAGACGGAGUGGAAGAGUGAGUUGAAGAGGGCGGCACGGUGUGCGGUUGAUGAUGCGAGGCAGUUGGUUGCAUGA